UUUAUUUUUGUAAAUGGCCAAGUUCUAUCUUCUAUCUUUCCCCUAGAGUCCAAAUUCGUCUGGUAAUAUUUCUACGUGAGUUUAGAAUUAGAAGUAGAAGUUUGUCCUAUUCCGAUUAAAUUGGAACGAUAGAAGAUUAGCAUUACCAGGAUCAGACGCCAGAAAAUGAUCCAAAAAAAUUUCAUUUCCCAGCCCUCUGAUUAAUCCUUUUGAUUUUACCAAUUAUCACUGCAAAUCUCUCUGAUUUGAUUAACCUUCUUUCUGCUUGGUUUCCCUCUUCCGUUUCUGAAUCAAUAUGCUAACCAGCAAGUGUUCGCGUAAACUAUUGAGUAAAGGGUAUGCAAGAGAUGUGUUCAAGUGGUGUAGAGAGUCCAGAAAUGUGUCUCAAUUUGGUAUCACGAAAAAUGGUGAAUCGGCACAUCACGGAUGGAAUUAUAGAUGGAUUGUUGGUUAUGGGCAUGAUGCUGAAAAUUUCUCUGUUCGUCAUUAUAGCUCUCACGUCAAUAACAAAGGCGCAAGGGAAUUAACAAAUAAGGUUCUUAGAAAUAUUCCAGAAUUUGUAAAGGUAGUUGAAGUUGGACCGAGAGAUGGAUUGCAGAAUGAGAAGAAAACUGUCCCUACCUCUGUAAAGGUUGAAUUGAUUAAAAUGCUAGUCUCUUCGGGGUUGCAAGUUGUAGAAGCUACAAGUUUUGUCUCACCAAAAUGGGUUCCACAGCUAUCAGAUGCUAAGGAUGUAAUGGAAGCAAUUCAAGAUGUUGAAGGAGCUAGUUUCCCUGUGUUAACCCCUAAUCUUAAAGGUUUUGAGGCAGCUGUUGCUGCUGGUGCUAAGGCAGUAGCCAUCUUUUCUGGGGCCUCCGAGUCCUUUUCAAAAAAAAAUCUCAACUGUAGCAUUGAGGAUAGUUUAGUUCGGUAUCGUGAUGUUUCCCUUGCUGCUAAAAAGCUUUCAAUUCCUGUUCGUGGAUACAUUUCAUGUGUUGUGGGGUGUCCACUGGAAGGAAAGGUUUCUCCAUCACAAGUAGCAUAUGUGGCCAAAGAACUGUAUGAUAUGGGUUGCUCGGAGAUCUCUCUUGGUGAUACGAUCGGUGUCGGUACUCCUGGUACCGUUAUUCCAAUGCUUAAAGCUGUUAUUGAUGUCGUCCCUAUUGAUAUGCUAGCUGUCCAUUUUCAUGAUACAUAUGGACAGGCUCUUUCAAAUACACUGGUCUCCCUCCAGAUAGGGAUCACCACCGUGGAUUCCUCUAUCUCCGGUCUUGGGGGCUGUCCAUAUGCGAAAGGAGCUACUGGCAAUGUCGCAACUGAGGAUGUUGUGUACAUGCUUAAUGGACUUGGAGUGAAGACUCACGUGGAUCUCGAAAAGCUCAUCAUGGCUGGGGAAUUCAUUUCGGGUCACUUGGGACGUCCGUCUGGAUCAAAGGCAGCAACUGCCUUGAGAAAAGUUACUUCUUGUGCCUCCAAGCUAUGAGGUAAUGGGGCUUUGUUUGCUCCUUGCACUCUGUAAAUUUAUGUAUGCGUGCAUAUUCACAUAUGUAUAAGAUCGAAUUGUUCCAAACUGAACAAUAAAAACAGAAUGAAAAAUAAAAAUUUGAGCUUUAGAACCCAA